CAUCCAACCGUUCCCUAUCUCGCGGCUCCUCCCUCUCUCUCGGUCUCACUCUCGGUUUCUCUCUCUCUCUCUUCUACUCCGCCGGGUUCAGCCACGGCGCUGCCGGCGAGGGCGCCGACGCGUUUCCUCUCUCUCUCAGUCUCGCUUUCUCUCGGUCUCGCCUCAGCCGCCUUGGCGUCGCCAGCGAGCGACGCCGGCCGCCGGCCGUGUCUGCCUCCUCCUCUCCUCGUCGCCCGUUCACCUCCAACCUCCGCCGUCCAGGCGCCAAUUCGCCCAGUGAGGGGAGAAGGGUGUAGCGGGGUUCCUUUCGGGGUAGCUGCGGCGUCGUGGGUGGCUGCCGGAGGCAGCAGCGAUGGCGGUGGCUGCUGGGGACAGCAGCGGGGCGGCUGGCUGCCGGAGACAGCAGCGGGGCGGCGGUGGCUGCUCCGAGGGCAGCGAGGCGGGGGUGGCUGUUUUCGGUGGCUCGGUGUUUUCAUGAACUCUAAAGAGCUAAGUCCACAUUUUCAUCUUAUGCUCGAUAUUAACUUGGAUGAGAGAGUUCGUGGUUUCAAGAAUGACAACAUGUUUUGGUGUUCAAGUCUAUAGGUUUAAACAUAUGAUAGCUAAGUUAUUGUUUGAACCAAAGGAAUUUAGUGGAAUAAAAGAUUUCAAGGAUGAGAUGAGUGUAGUAUUUAUAGAAGAAUUGAUGCAUAGGAAGAACAUGGGUAAAAGCUUGAUUCAUGGAGGAAUUAUAUUGCCCAAUGGUUAUGGACUUCUUGCCAAAUGUGGUAUCGGGGUUCAAGACGUGGCUAUUGCGCAGGAUCCGGAGAGCAUGGAGAGUAUUUAUUUUUAUUAUUAACUCUAUUCAAACGUUGAACUCGUGUACGAACCUUUAUUUUGAACUCGGUCUUCACAA